AUGUCGGAAUUACCAGCGAUUCGCUGGGGCAUUAUUGCUACGGGGAUGAUCUCUUCCUGGUUCGUCGAGGACCUCUUGAUCUCACGACCAGACACCAAAGUCAAGCACAUUGUGCAGGCAAUUGGAAGCUCAUCGGCUCAGAAAGGACAGGACUUCUCGAAGCAAUUCUGCCCCAACAGCAACCCAGCCAUUUAUGGAUCCUACGACGAGGUUUAUGCUGACCCCAAUGUGGACAUCCUAUACAUCGGCACCCCGCAUGCUUUCCACAAGCAAAACUGCCUAGACGCGAUUAAUGCUGGCAAGCCUAUUCUCUGCGAGAAAGCUUUUGCACUGAACGCUCGCGAUGCGAAGGAGGUCUUGGCUCGCGCCAAGGAGAAGGGGGUCUACGUCGCUGAAGCGAUGUGGCUCCGCCACCGUCCCCUCGUACAAGACCUGCAACGCAUGCUUCACAAGGAGAAGGUCAUUGGUGAUGUCUUCCACGUCUACUCGGAGUUUGGACUUGAAAUGGACAUUCCAAACUUGCCCGACAGCUCAAGGUACAAACAGCCUCAUCUUGGUGCUGGCUCACUGCUCGACUUGGGCAUCUACACGCUGACCUGGGCUAUACUUGGCUUAGACCCAGGAACACCUGCGGCCCCCGAGACACCGAAGAUUCUUGCUGCGCAGUCACACCAUGGUGACGUUGAGGUCACCAGCAGCGUCAUCCUCCACUAUCCUUCUACGGGUAGACAGGGUGUAGCAAUCUCCACGACAAUGGCGACCGGUAACCCGGACGUAUUGGCCCGUAUCCAGGGUACCAAUGGCGCAGUGGAGGUGCAUGGGACUGUUCCGUCCGACCCCAACUCUUUUACCGUCUACCCAAAGUUCUGGAGAGACCAGACAAAAGGGGUAGUCAAACGAGAUGCUGGCAAGACCUACGAUUACAAACCAAUCGGACGGGGUUACUACUGGGAGGCUGACAAUGCUGCACUGGACGUGUUGGCAGGCAAGUUGGAGAGCGAUGUUAUGCCUUGGGCGGAAACCAUUCGUGUCAUGGAAAUCAUGGACGAGAUUCGACGGCAGGGUGGAACUGUGUAUCCCCAAGACACAGAGCAGUGA